CCUUGACUGUUACUUAGGAUUCGACAACCACCUUCACUUCUGACUUAGCCAAUUUUUUUCCUCCCAGGAUAUCGUCGAGACUCGAAGCUCAAUCUUAUAUUCUCCAUGGUCUCCCACGCCACCCAGCAGAAAUCUUCGCGUCGAUACCGUUCAGGAAUGCCUGCACAACUUGCCGCGGCACAGAGCAAAUAUUUUAACGACGAAGAGACGCGUCGAUCCAUGCUUCUAGCAGACACAUGGAUUGAUCCCAGCUCGGUUACCGCCGAUAGCGUCUUUUGUCUCUCUUGUCGGAAGACGAUACAACUUGACAAGCGGAACGGACGGUAUUAUCCAGCCAAUUGGAACCGACAUAAAAAGAGGUGUCUGGAAACUCAGGCGGGUAGCUUGAGCUUGAAAGGUGGAAAGGGAAGACCAAAGAAAAAGGGGAAGAACUUGCUGUCAAAGCACCCUGACGAGAAAUUAACGGUCACUAUCAAGCUGCGACAUAGUCUCCGUAGCCAUGGGGCACUGAUAGAAACGGAGAAGGGGGAGGUAGCUUCUACGAACGACGUUCCGUCUGAUAAGGGUGAUGCAAGCGACCGUACGAUGGAGAAGUCAGGCGAAGAUGGGAAAACUAUCGAGGACCGUGAGUCUAGCGCUUUGCCACCUAGAUUCAAUCGCAAACGUUCAAUGUCUUAAUAUUUAUACCAUGGACUUAACUAUUGCAUACGUACCAUACAGUAUUUAAUCAGGUAUUCAGCUUUUAUUGAAAAUUCUAAUCGAGAGGUGACUACUGGAUGAGAAGAAUUAUAUGAAGUCCCAG